AUCGUACGUGGCAACACGCUCCGCUUCUCAGUUCCGCUUUCCAUCGUUCCAUGUCGUUUCCUUUUAUUCUCAGGAAUACUCACUCUCGCACACGUACACAACCCUCUACUGAGUUUUACUCUCUCUCUCUCUCUCUCUCUCUCACACACACACUCUCUGAGAGAUUUAAAGAGCUGAAAGACACAGGAAACUUCCUUCUUUAAGGUUGCUUGUUUAUAUUGUCAAAACCUUAUGGUAUUGUUUCUAUUGAUCUUCUUGUUCUUGUUUUUCUUCUUCUUCUUCUUCUUCUAGACCAUGGGUUUUCAUGUUUUUUGAAUUGGGGCAUCUCAUUCCAUUGAUUGCUUUAAGGCUGUGUGGAAAUCGGGUUUAUUGUUCUUGUGGGUUAAUCUUGAAGGUGAUUAAAAUGGGUGGAUCAAAGGAGAACUAUCCUUGUCUCAUUAGGCCCUCAAGUUUUCAAGAAGGUCCAAGAAUGGGGGAUGCCAAGUUUGUGCAGGAAAUGGGACACAAUCAUCGGCUAGUUCUAGGCGAUAUCGAUCAGAAUGUUGUUGGGGUUACCUUAAACCCUCUCGUGGUCAACGAGGCAGAAUUCAAAGGGAAGCUUGCAGCACAAAUGGUCCAGCAAUGCCCUGGAGGACUUUGUGAAGCUAAGAAACAUACCUCGUUGGCUCCGAACCCUUGUAGCUUGAACGAUACGUGCGAGGAUGCAAGUGAUGGUGGAGUUCCGAUGUUUGUGAAGCACACUGAAGAUAUGCUGGAUGAAAUUGAUCGAAUGCAUCACUAGAUAACUUGCAUUGAGUUUCCAUAGGAAGAGAUCGAAAUGGAAGAUGCGGAGGACCCAGUUAUUGAUGUCGAUAGCAGCGAUUUGAAAGAUGCACUCGCAGUUGUUGAAUACAUAGAUGACAUAAUGGCUUACUGCCGGAGAACUGAGGUAAGUUUUCUCGGUUGAAACUCAUAUUUGUAGCGGGUAGCGCUCAUUCAGAUUAUCUGUAUCCGUUCAAGUUCAAAUUGUGUAAUCAACAAUUAAAUUCUGUUUGCAUUGUUUACUACUAUAAAUGUGAUCUUCAUAGUAAAGGGUAGGUGGGUGUAGAGGAGGGGAUUCCACACCCUGUGCCUCCUUGCAACAGAGGGGGUGACAUCAAUCUGCUCCUCUCGUCAGAUUAGCUAAAACUCUUGAAUCUAUUUUAGGCUUCUUAACUAUAUUCUCAUGUGAAUCUUGAUGUACAAUUAUCCUGUCUCUACAAUGUGUAUCUUUUAUUAGGUUUAAGUUCUAUUUAUUGGUCGUAACCAUGCCAAUCACCCAUGUUUAUAAAGAAGUCUAUCCUUGAGAGUAAACAACUUAUGAAAAAGUUAUUAUCUGCUAUGGGAAUGUCAUUAAUCGGUUAACAUCAUCCAUUGUGUAACAUUAUCUAUAUCUCAUUCACUUAAUAACGAUCAUGCAGUAUUCUAGCUGUGUUUCUCCAAAUUACAUGACCCAUCAAUUCGACAGCAAUGAGAAAAUGAGGGCUAUCCUUAUCGAUUGGCUUAUCGAGGUAAAUUAUUAUGACCUUGAUUUGUUUCUUUGAAGCUGGUUAUAGAGGAUGCACUCGGUCAUCAUGUGGAAAUACCACUAUUUGUGUUUUUUUCCCACUAGAAGACUUGGAAAGCCUUUUCAUUGGCAUUACUAAAGAUUUAAAUUCCCUGCAUGUAUGGGAUUGAUAUUUGUGUUCUUUGAAACUGCAUGAUAUUAAUUUCACCAUAUAUGCUUUUGGAGAUGAAAUCAUUUCCAGUGAUAAGGCCACUUUGAGACAUCUAAGCGAUGCUGAAAAGUUUUGU